ACGUGAUAAGAUGCCGGGGAAAAGAAAGAGAAGCGAGAACAUGACGGCUAGAAUUGCAGUAUCGAAAGUAGCACCCGCCAAUGGAAAACCUCUAAGUGCCAUCGCAGCAGCAAGACUGAGAGCAGAAGCCGCCGCAAAAAGCACCACCAUCCCGGAAACCACACAGGAACCAGUAUCUGCACCAUCGAUUCUACCACUAGAGAGCUCGGAAUCAGAACCAGAAGAGUCGGAACCAGAAGAACAAGAACCCAUAGUCAUCCAACGCGACUUGAAGCUCUGCAGCUGGAAAAAUGACGCCCAAGACAUCCUCUCCGACACUGUCACCGAACUCACCGUCAACCUGAAGAAACACCUAACCAUUGCACUGAUCGGGAGAUUCGACCUAAAAGUGCUCAGAGGAGCCGUCAACAUCAACGGCGCAAACAUCGGCGCAGUCACCCGCGAAGGCCAGAAAGCAAAAACCUACCGCGUCUUCGUCCCAGCCACGCACCCCAUCACAAAGAUCAGAGGUCUAGACGGCACAAACCACGUGCAGUUCCUGAGCUGCAAAGAGGCCCCGCCCCUGGCCAAGCUCAGCCCGCUCUUCCGCGACAUCUGGAACGUACCAUCGGACGUCGAAAAAGACAGAUCGUUUAGCAUCAUAACGCACUCCUCCAGCGACCCCCUCCAGCGCCCCCUAACCCCCGAACAGACCCCAGAAGAGCACCUCCGCGCCAUCGAAACCAUAUCCAGCAGCCCCAGCCCCUGCACCACCCUAAUCGCCGGCCCCGCCAGCACCGGAAAAUCCACCUUCGCGCGCCGCCUGACGAACCGCUACCUGACGGGGCUGGGCAAGAACGCGCUCCCCGUCCCCGCGCUCUGCUACCUGGACCUCGACGCCGCGAAGCCAGAGUACACGCCGCCGGGGCAGAUCUCGCUAAUCGUGGUGCGCGCGCUGAAUCUGGGGCCGGGCUUUACGCAUCCGCUGACGAGGGUGGCGGGGGGGAAAGCGAAGGGCGAUGUGGAUGUGAAUGAGACGGUGCGCGCGCAUCCGAUUCCGGCGGAUUUGGCAAACUAUGAGGAUUACUUUCGGCAGUGCAUCGAGGACCUGUUUCUGGCGUGCAAGACGCUGCAGGCGGGCGAUCCUUCGCUCCCGCUGGUUAUCAAUACGCCGGGGUCGAUGCACACGUCACGCAUCCUCGCCGACCUCGUCUCGCGCGCAAAACCACACCAUAUCGUGCGCUUCACCUACCCCGUAACAUCACAACCGCCACUACCCCUUCCCCUCCCCACGCCCCACACAACAACCCACACCCUCCCCCCCGUCCCCCCCAGCACCCCCCAACUCCGCACCCCCUCCCACCUCUCAACAAUGCACACCCAAUCCGCCUUCCACACCACCUCCACUUCCCCACAAACCUGGUCCCCAACCCCGCUCUCCGCCCUUCCCCCCUACACAUUCCACUACACCCCCACCCUUACCCAUGCCCCAUCCCUCUCCGCCCUCCUCCCCCUAACCCCGCACCCCAUCCCCUCUUCCUCAAUAAUCCACGCCCUCAACGGCGCACUGAUACACCUCCUCCUCACCUCCCCCCCCUCCCCCUCCACACUCCAAUAUACCCCAAAAUCACAAAUCCCGUUCUUCCCCCCCGACGCGACGGGUGUAGUUCCCGCGCUGGAUCCGCGUGGCUGUAGACUGCUGUGCGUGGGGCUUGUUGUGGGUGUUGAGCCGGGGGAGGGGGCUGUGCGGGUUUUUGUUCCGCGGGGGGUGGAGGGGGUGCUGGAGGAGCUGGGGAGGGGGGGGAUGGUGGUGGGAGUUUUGGGGUGUGGGGGGGUGGGGGAGUGGGCUGUUUUGGAGGGGGUUGAUGGGGAAGGGGAUAGGGAGGGGGAGAUGCCGGUUUGGGUGCAGAGACGGGGGGUGGUGGAGGGGAUGGGGUAUUUGAAUUGUGUUAGGAGGGUGAGGAAGUUUAUUGUUUGA